GAGAAGGUUUGCAAGGAAUCUGCAAGUCCCUUCCGCUACAGGAUGGAGUGUGCUGAGAUGGACUGUGAGGAAGGCUGGGCCUUGCUGAAGUGUGGAAAACAAUAUUAUAAUCGAGCCCUGGCCUGCUUUGAAAAGGCUCUGAAAGAGGAGCCUGACAACCCUGAGUUCAACACUGGCUAUGCAGUCGUAGCCUAUCGCCUGGAUCACAAUGAGGGCACUUCUCUAGAACCUUUAAGGAAGGCUGUCAGCUUAAAACCAGAAGAUCCAUACACUAAAGUUCUCCUUGCCUUAAAGCUUCAAGAUUUAGGCAAAGCUGAUGAAGCAGAACAAUACAUUGAAGGAACUCUGCCAAGAAUAUCCCAGACCUAUGUCUUUGGAUAUGUAGCCAAAUUUUACCGAAGGAAAGGUUUUGUGGAAGAAGCUCUCAAGUUCCUUGCAAAAGCCUUGCAGAAAAAUCCUUCCUCCACCUACUUGCAUUUCCAGAUUGGUCUUUGCCAUAAGAAACGACUGAUUCAAAUAAAGGAAGCUACAAACAUGAAUCCUAAAGGGGAAGAUAGAGAAAGAGCAGACCAAUCCAUCCGUUUGGCUAUAUGUCAUUUUAAAAAGACUUUAAAACUGAAAGCAACAUAUGAGAUAGCUUAUGUUAAUCUGGCCGAAAUGUACUCAGAGAUUGGUCAACUUGAAGAGGCUGAGGAAAAUUUUCAGAAAGUGUUGAGCAUGAGUAACUUGGAAGAUCAUAUGCAGCAAGAGAUCCAUUUGCGCUAUGGUCUCUUCCAACAAUUCCAUAUCAAAUCAGAAGACACAGCCAUCACCCAUUACUUAAAAGGCCUGAAAAUAGAGGCGACUUCUCACUCCAGGCAUAAACUUCUCAAGGCUUUGGAGAAGCUGGCUACAAAACGCAUUCACCAGAAUGUUCAUGUCCUGGAAAGCUGGAGCCUCCUUGGGUUUGUCUACAGACUGAAAGGGGACACAAGUGGAGCCAUGUCAUGCUAUGAGAAGGCCCUGAGGCUCACAGGAGCACUGAACCCAGAGUUUUGAGUUAUGCAUCAUUAAGUGGCUUAUUAAGUGUGGACAUGACUCCCUAUUUCUAACAUUACUGAGGAAAAGCAGCUCAAGCUACUUCUGCUCCCCCAGAAUGAAGUGGUAUAGACUUCUGGCCAGCAUAAUCUAGAGGGUCCUGCUCAGACCUACUUAGAUUGGUGGCUCUAGAUGCAGCCAGAGAACACAACAAAGUCAUUUGUUCAGGCUAGCCAUUAAAUUUCUGGGCAGGUCAGCUUUCUGGUCAACCAUAUUCAGAACUAAUACUGAUCUUCUUAGAGGCCCAUUCUCUAUGGAGGAAUAAGCUAAUGUAGUUGGAGGUACAUGCCUUUCAUUCUUUGCAAUUCCCACCUGGACUUUGCUAAACAUUUGUAACUCUUGGAGCUGAGGACAGGGAAGAUUGUCUUUUUUUUUCUUAGCUUUCACAGUAGCUAAUAGCAUCUGCCUUCCCUCUGCCAUCAGUACUUCUAUCAUUCCCUGAUGUAUAUUUGUCAGGAAUGUUAGCCCUUCCUCUUAGUUUUCUUGGAGGCUCUUCCAAUGACAAGUGUAGUUUCAGCUUUAAAAAAAUCACAUUUGGUAUGAUUACUUUUUACUUACAGUAAAAUGCACUUAUUUUACUCAACAAUUGUCUGAGCCCAUGUACACUCCUUAUAGGUUAUUUCUGACAUCCCUAAGUUCCCCGCGUGCGUCUUCAUCCUCUAUCCUUACCAUCUCUAGGUAACCAUUGUUCUGCUUCCAUGGCUACAAAUUAGGCAGACUUUUUGAGAGAGUAUAGGUAUUUUGAGAGAGUAUAGUUUUUUUUGCUUGCCCUGCAGCCUUAAACACUAGAAAAAAAAAUAAAGUUUGAACUUUGA